GAGGAGGUGAUGAGGUGAAUGGAUACGGGAUGUAACGAGGGAAGAGCGUAGACUGACCGCGUGUGCCGCGUUCACCCCACACGGACCCACACGGACGAGCGAUCGUCAACAUCGUCGAGGGACACAGCAGCUCACGGCAUGAGCGAGUUCAACUCGUCGGACGAAGAGGUGGACCCUGCACAGAGCGAUCAGCCGCCUUUCCGCAUUGACUGGCUUGACCUCUCCAUAGUGGGCUAUCCCACGCUGAGCUUGGGGAUCAGCAGCCUGCCAGGUUGCAAAUUCAAGGAGACAUGGAGAAACUUGGACAAGGAUCUUGACGAGGUGCAGUCGCAGGGCGUGCAGGACGUGCUGGUGCUGUGCACGCCCGGCGAGCUGGUCCACUGCCGCGUGCCCGACCUGCUGGAGGCCUACGCCCGCCGCGGCCUGCGCGUGCAUCACGAGCCGGUGCUCGACGGCGCGGUUCCCGACGUGGCGCAGUGCUGCGCCCUCCUGGACACGAUGCACGGGUCCCUGGGCGCCGGCAGGCGAGUGCUCGUCCAUUGCUACGGGGGCCUGGGUCGCUCCUGCCUAUUGGCUGCCUGCUUCCUGCUGCGCAUCUCCGAGUCACUCAGCCCCGAGGACGCGAUAGCGGCGCUGCGUGAGUUGCGCGGGAGGGCGGCCAUACAGACCUUGCAGCAGUACAACUUCCUGCACGAUUUCAGAGAGCUCCUGGAGGCUCACGUCACAGCGAGGAUGGAGCAGGCCGAAUCGAGGGCCGUGUCCCGUUAGGCCGGCUGCCGUGUCUCACUGGGGGCCGUUCACCCAGCAAGAGGGAGCCGGGGUGGGUGGAUAGGAGGAGGAGGUGGAGGUGGGUGUAAUGCUGGUGUAAUGGGUGUAAUGCUAGUGUAAUGUGUGCAAUGCUAGUGUAAUGGGUGUAAUGCUGGUGUAAUGGGUUCAAUCGAGGCGCACACUAGAACUUGGUGGCAACACGUUUUAUUACCUAACAUCACAUUAACUCUUAACACUAACGGGAUAACGACAUAGGGUGGUAACCCACCGUUCCUAUACUUAACUAUAUACACUUGGGGCGAUGGCUAUUUACACUCUGGAUGGGACAACUACUAAAUCGGACCAGGACAGCCAACACGCUGCCUGGUCCCCGUGCGCGAUGCCCGGAGACCGAAGAGCACGACCACGAAGAUUUCUUCCCAGCCAGCACCAACCCUGGCCUCCCAAGGGGCUCGACUUGUAUACCUGCGGCGAGGCCAGACCCUCCCCUUGGCCACGCCCAUUUCCCAGAUCCUUCGUGAGGGUUCAGGACCCACAUCACGUGUUCCUCUCACCCUGAUUACCACCUCAUCCGGUCACGUGCCCUCUCGUGUUUACUCAGUCUCUCCCCUGGUAUGCCCAUCAGGCACCAGGGAGAGGCUCCGCACAUACAGGACCACUCACUCGGUACUGUCGCUAUACUAUAGUGACAUCAUCAAUGACACUACAUCAGCACCAUGGUGGUUAGAUGUUAACUACCUCGCCUGGUAUGCAGGAGGUCGUGGGUUUGAUCCCCUAUCCUGACACCUGUAUAUUUGGUCGCGUGGAUUUUUCUCCGGGUCCUCUGGUUUUUCCCUCCACAUUUCGAAUCAACGUCACGCGUUUAGAGUAUUUGGCUGCUGUAAAUGUCAGCAUGAUCAGCCACUUCGUUGAGCUAUCAUUUGUGGCCAGGUCGUUUCUAAAAAAGAGCUACAUAGCUUCAGUGGGCCCUUACCUGGUAAAAUAAAAAGUUUAUGUUUCCGUUUAUGGUGGAUCUGGUGCUAAUUUAUAUGUCGUUCCUUCUCCCACGUAAUUACUAAAGUUUUCAUGACAGUCCCAAAUGUAUUUAUUCUUAUCCCUCUGCCAAUUUUUACGAUCACAAGCAGCGAAUUUAUAAUUUUCCCUCCGUGAUUCUGAAAAGGAUUAUAAUUUGGGAUCACCAAUAGAUUUAUUUUCUGACCCUACGUAAAUCCCAAAAAUUGUAAUGAUUGUGGAUUUAUAUAUUUUUUUUACAGGUACACUGUGAUUCUUGUUUGGGAUUGCCAAUUUUUAUAUUUGUGCCCUGCAUGAUGCCAAAAAAUGAUUUCGGGGGGCUGUGAUUAGAUUUGUUUUGCCCUCUUAAAACAAUUGUCAUGAUUCUGGUUCAUAAAUGUACGUAUUUAUUUGGCUCCUCCGUGAUGAUAAAAUUGUGCUAUGGGAUCACCAUUUGACAUGUUAUUUUACUCCUCAACGAUUCCAAAAAAGUUAUCGUGAAUCAGGGUUGCACUUUUUUUGUGUGUCUGUUCGUUCACGAUUGAAGAAUGUGUUACAAUUCAGGAUGGAGGAUUUAAUCACAUUUGAUCUCCUGGCCGAUUUUGCUACUCGCGUGAUUCAGCGCUUGUAGUGUGUGAGUGCAGGAAUCUGUUUCAAAUGAUUAAUUGUUUACACGCUUCGUAGAAUCCACAGUGGCGGCUCGUUUUCGGCAAGCCAUUCUCACACUGAAACGUAAAGAAAAGUGGAAAUAAUCGCUUGCCCGAAUGCAGGAAUGGAGGCGAGCGCUGAGUGCGUGCACGCCUUUGGACUUGGGGUUGUCGAAAAAGUCACGUGUUUGCGUUACCAUUAACCGCGUGACAAAGACUGGUGAAAGAAAAUCAAAUGGUUACCGGAUUUCCACGUUUAAAUGUUUGAGCCAGUAAAGUGUUUUUUUUUUUGCUUUAAUAAGAAACCAAAGAAGCUGCCACGGCGGAGUAACGGUCAGCACACUGGACUGCAAUCCAGAGGUCGCUGGUUCGAUUUCAUCUGCGGCUUUUGACUGAAAUACCCCCUCCUCCCCCCACUCCCCCCAUUGACCGCCUCCGCGUACCCAGCAGUAUAAAUGGGCACAACCCCGGUUAGUUGAUCGGCAGGUCGCCGCACGUGGUGGGGUUAAGCGUGGGUAUUCCCACCACUUCCAGGAUGUAGUGACCAGCGUGGGAGAUAUGCCCCUUCAGCCAGCAGUGGCUUUGAGCAAGCAAAUUGCAGGACUACACCUUUACCUUUUAACAGCAGUCGAAGUCAAAAACCGGCGGUGGAUGCUGAAAACGUUUCGCGGUUAAACAUAACAUAGGUUAUUUUUGGGUUGGAUCGCGGAAAAAGAAAUGUGUUGGUAAACCCACCACCACCCGACACGGCCAACUAGUAAGGGUUGUCACGUAAACAGAACCUGCCAAUCGGUUACCAGUUCAGCACACCGGUGUGUUGGAGAGUAAACCCGCAACAUUUACAAACCUUGCGUAUUGACUGUCGGGUGGUGGUGGGUUUAACGACGCAUUCAUAUCUUCGCGAUCUAACCCAAAACAACCUUUGUUAUGGGCAAUAUUGGUCGUGGAAUUCCUACGUGUUAAACUUAGCGGUCACCGUUGAACAACCCUAGAUUUGACCGUUCCAUCAGCAUGCCCCAUCUCGGCUCUGCUAGUUUGCCAUCUCAUGCCAGCUGAGUCGUUGUGAUGCCCGCAAGCGCAGUUCAAACGUCCAUUGGACCGAGGAGAUCAUUUGCACGAGUGGAGAGCUUUGUUCCGCUCACCCGAGCGGCGUUCGCGUCUGCAAACGCUGUCGCGUGAGAGUGCACGGAUUUCUUGCCGAAGUGUAUGGUCGAUGGUGAUCAUGGGUGACAGAGGGCACACUCGAAGAUGAAUGCCUCUAUAUAUUUAUCCGCAGAUGUAAAGUUUUACGUAAUAAUUUGCAGGCCCUGCACUGAUGGCUCGUUACGGGUGUGCGUGCACUUGGUUGUAUUUCAGCAGCUUGCUCUGUGAAUGCGUUAUCAUAAUUUAAUUGUGUGUUUGGCAAAGGCAUAAAUGAGCGAGGGUUUAAAAUUGUUGUCAUGAAUUCUGUGCCACUUUGAAGCAUGCCAUUGGGAAAUUGACCACCACUGAAAAUGAAUUAAACUACAAUUAUGCUGUGUCGAUAUUUAACUUGUUUGUUAUUCUAAUAAAAAUAUAUAAAUGAAAGGAGCAUAUUGGCAGUGGCGUACGAGCACAAAUAAAAUGAAUUAUCUUUUACUGUUUAACAAACGAGUGUCGUUUAGGCUAUUUGGCAUUCCUCAGUGGAAAAUAGAAAGAUUGGAUGACUAACAAUGUUAACUUUGGUUUAACACCUAGGCUUUCGCGACCAACAUUAUGCGGUUAGAUAGCGUAAAUAAAAAUGUGUCUUUAAACCUGCCAACACCCGACACAGCCUGUUAGUAAGGUUUGUCACGUAAACAACGCGUGCCAAUUCGUUACUAGUUCAGCACACCGCUUGUGUGUUGGAGAGUGAACCCAUAACCUUUACAAUUUGAGUGACGGUAAUUACAACCAGCCUCAUCAGUUGAUUGGAGUAUUUGGGCUGCUGUAAAUUUCCACGUGACAAGCCACUUCAUUGAACUAUCAUUUGCUAUAGCCAGGUAGCUAGCUGCCUACAAAGAGCUUCAUCGCUGGUAAAAUAAAAAAGAGUUUAUUGCUUAAAUUUCGAUUUAAAGCUUUCGUGACU